AUGCACAAUUCCCUCUGGGACAUCAGAACCAUUUCCUACCAUGGAUGUGCUGCACAGGCCUUUCUGCUUGUCUUCUUCAUUGGAACAGAAUUUUCCCUCCUCACCAUCAUGUGCUACGACCGCUACGUUGCCAUCUGCAAACCCCUGCACUACGGGACCCUCCUGGGCAGCAGAGCUUGUGCCCACAUGGCAGCAGCUGCCUGGGCCACUGAGUUUCUCAGUGCUCUGCUGCACACAGCCAAUACAUUUUCCCUGCCCUUGUGCCAGGGCAAUGCCCUGGGCCAGUUCUUCUGUGAAAUCCCACACAUCCUCAAGCUCUCCUGCUCACACUCAGGCUACCUCACGGAAAUUGGGCUCAUUGUGGUUAGUGUCUGUUUAGUGUUUGGUUGUUUUGUUUUCAUUGUUUUCUCCUAUGUGCAGAUCUUCAGGGCUGUGCUGAGGAUCCCCUCUCAGCAGGGACAGCACAAAGCCUUUUCCAUGUGCCUCCCUCACCUGGCCGUGCUCUCCCUGUUUGUCAGCGCUACAGCAUUUUCCAACCUCAAGCCCCCCUCCAUCUCCUCCCGAUCUCCGGACCUGGUGGUGUCAGUUCUGUACAUGGUGGUGCCUCCACCUGCCUUCUAA